CAGCGGCAAGGCGGGCGCGGCGGGCUUGGAGGGGACAAGAUCAGGGCAGGAGGCAAGCGGUAUAUCGAAAAGAGCCCCGUACACCCAGCGAGAUGCUGUCCUGGCGACUGCAGACCGGCUCGGAAAAGGCCGAGCUUCAGGAGCUCAAUGCCCGGCUCUACGACUACGUGUGCCGGGUGCGGGAGCUGGAGCGCGAGAACCUGCUGCUGGAGGAGGAGCUGCGCAGCCGGCUGAGCCGGGAGGACCGCUGGGCCGAGGAGCAGGCGCGCUUCGCCGACGAGGCGCGCGGCUUGCGCCAGCAGCUGGACGAACUAAGCUGGUCCACAGCGCUGGCCGAGGGCGAGCGCGACGCGCUGCGGAGGGAGCUGCGGGAGCUGCAGCGGGAGGGCGCGGAGGCCAGCGCUGCCCGCAGCCGCCUGGAUGCCGAGCUGGGAGCCCAGCGGCGGGAGCUGGAGGAGGCGCUGGGCGCGCGCGCCGCCCUCGAGGCGCUGCUCGGCCGGCUGGAGGCCGAGCGCCUCGACCUGGAAGCCUCCCACGAGCGACAAGUGCGGGAUCUGCGCGCCCGCGCCGCCAGCCUCACCAUGCACUUCCGAGCCCGCGCCACCACCGGCCCCGCCGCGCCCCCGCCGCGCCUGCGGGAGGUGCACGACAGCUACUCGCUGCUGGUGGCGGAGUCGUGGCGGGAGAGCGUGCAGCUGUACGAGGACGAGGUGCGCGAGCUGGAGCAGGCGCUGCGCCGCGGCCAGGAGAACCGGCUCCAGGCGGAGGACGAGGCGCGGCUUUGCGCGCAGGAGGCAGACGCGCUGCGGAACCAGGCGCUGGAGUUGGAGCGGCUGCGCGCGCGCCUGGAGGAUGAGCUGCUGAGGAUGCGCGAGGAGUACGGGAUCCAGGCCGAGGAGCGGCAGAGGGUGAUUGACUGCCUGGAGGAUGAGAAGGAAGCCCUCACCUUGGCCAUGGCUGACCGGCUGCGGGAGUACCAGGAGCUCUUGCAGGUGAAGACAGGCCUCAGCUUGGAGGUGGCUACCUACAGGGCCUUGUUGGAAGGAGAAAGCAAUCCGGAGAUACUGAUCUGGACUGAGAACAUUGAAAACGUGCCACAAGAGUCCAUAAACACAUCCCAUCGUUAUACCAACUCAAUAUUACAGAGGAAGAAUGAGAAAAAUCUCUUCCCAAGGCAGAAAACACCUUGGGCAGCUGUAAAUCAUGACUUGGCUUUGCAUUCUAACAGGCCAGGGCACCUUGAAUCACAGACAACCACAGCUGUUGGAAGUGUUGCCAGAAGGGGGUUCCUAACCUCUGGGUAUUCUCCCUCAGUUACAACCCUGCAGCAAAAGUCCCUCGAGCAAACGGUCAGCAGUCAAACCAGUUUCAGGCCUGUUGCUCCAACCCACGGCCUUCUAAGAAACACAGAUGCUCAAGUGAAAACAUUCCCGGAUAGACCCAAAGUUGAAGGCACCAGGGACACCCCCACCCGGCGGGCCACGGAGUCCAUUGUUGCCAGAGAGUCCUACAAAGAUCACCGAGGCAAUGUGGUGGCAGGUGCUGGGAACAGCACUCAGCCAAAUGAGAGGACUGUCAUUGUGGGAAAGAAAGUAGAGGUGAAAGCCACUAAGGAACAAGAAAGGGACAGAUUAGGGGUCACCAAACUAAAGCCAGAGGAGAAAAUGUUUGAUUCCAAAGAGAAGGCUUCCGAGGAGAGAAACCUGAGAUGGGAGGAACUGACCAAGUUAGACAGAGAAGCAAGAAAGAGAGAAAGCCAGCAGAUGAGGGACGAGGCCAAAGGGAAGGAAGCACCGAAGGAGAGAAGUGUGAAGGAAAGGGAAGUGCCCAUCAGUCUCGAAGUAUCCCAGGGCAGCAGAACAGAGGUGUCCACAGUCCGCUUACAGUCACCUGGAAGGAAGGAAGCUGGCGACAGUAAGGGAAGAGAGGCAGGAGCAAAGGAGGCAAAGUUCCGCUUGGAUACCCAGGGUACCGCCAGCCCGCAGGCUGACUCUAUGACAGAGACCAUAGCAGAAAACAUUGUCACCACCAUCCUUAAGCAGUUUACCCGGUCUCCAGACGCCGAAGAGGAGGCGGGUGCUUUCCCAGACACAAAGGUCACUUACGUGGACAGGAAAGAGCUUCCUGGUGAGAGGAAAACCAGGACAGAAAUUGUUGUGGAGUCUAAGCUGACGGAAGAUGUUGACAUUUCUGAUGAAGCCGGCCUGGACUACCUUUUAAGCAAGGAUGUCAAGGAAGUGGGACUGAAGGGGAAGUCAGCUGAGACAAUGAUAGGAGAGAUGAUCAACCUGGGGCUGAAAGGGAGGGAGGGGAGAGCCAAAGUCGUAAACGUGGAGAUUGUGGAAGAGCCCAUGAGCUACCUAGGCGGUGGGAAAACCGAGUUUUCUACCCCCUUCCAAGUGGAAGAAGUCGAUGAUGCAUCUUCCAGCCCCAAGGGGUUUGUUGAGGAAGAGGAUGGUGAAGGAGAGAGCCAUGCAGCGUUCUCAAUGCAUCAACGUCAAAGGACCAGCCAGCCCCAGGGGAACGUCCCUCACGUGGAAGAAGUGAUGGAGGCAGGUGACUCAGAGGGAGAGCAGAGUUACUACGUGUCGACCCCAGACGAGUACCCUGGCGGGCAUGACCGAGAAGACGAUGGCUCAGUGUAUGGGCAAAUCCACAUUGAGGAAGAGUCCACCAUCCGGUACUCAUGGCAAGAUGAAAUUGCACAGGGGACUUGGAGAAGGAAAGCAAGAGAUGACACAGGGGAAGAGAAGCAUGUGAAGGUCCUGGAAGUCCCAGCACCUCCCCUGGGUGGCGCCUUCGGUUCUGCUCACUUGAAGGAAGAAGCCAGUGGCGAGCUGCAUGCCGAGCCCACAGUCAUUGAGAAGGAAAUCAAAAUACCGCACGACCUCCACACCUCCAUCAAGGGUGUCUUCUCCAGUGAGCCCCGGCACCAGCUGGUGGAGGUCAUCGGACAGCUGGAGGAGACCUUGCCUGAGCGUAUGAAAGAGGAGCUGUCUGCCCUGACCAGACAGGGUCAAGGAGAGCCAGGGAGUGUCUCGGUGGAUGUGAAGAAAGUCCAGAGCUCUGCUAGUGGCUCCGUGACCUUGAUGGCUGAGGUCAACCUGUCACAGACUGUAGAUGCUGAUCAGUUAGAUCUGGAGGAGUUGAGCAGGGAUGAAGCUGGGGAAAUAGAGAGGGCUGUGGAGUCAGUGGUAAGAGAGAGCUUGACCAAGCGCUCCAGCCCACUGCCUAGAAGCCCAGAGAGAGACGACAGAGAGGAGGUGCCUGCUGGUGGCACUGUCUUCAAGCGCUGGGCGACCAGGGAACUGUACAGCCCAUCUGGUGAGAGGGACGAUGACGGCCGGGUCUCUCGCAGCUCAGAUCAGCGUGUUACACAGGGCCCAGUGUCGGCCACUGUGGAGGUCACCAGCCCAACGGGCUUUAUAAGGUCUCAUGUGCUGGAGGAUGUAAACCAGUCUGUAAGGCGUGUUAAGCUAGGCCCCACGGAAAUGUGGAGGACUGAGCAGGUGUCCUGUGGAGGGCCCACGUCACAGGUGGUGGAGGUAAGUGGGGACGUCCGGGAGGCAGUCAGCUCAGAGGGACCCAGCCGCUCCGAGAGGCACAUCACACUGGGUCCCCAUCCAAGUCAAGUAUCCACAGAGGUCAUCUUGCGAGGCUCUGUGCCUGCCUGGCAGAUCACAGGAGACACAGAAGAGCCUGGCCCGGCAGCACCGUCUGCAAAAGCCGACGUGUCAGGGAACCACAGGAUGCCUGGCUCUGAGCAGUUCCCCUCUGAAAAGGAAAUUCAUUUUCAGGGUCCUAUUUCUGGGGCCGCCCAGGUCGGUACUGGCUUUGCAGCCGAAGGGUCAGUGGGUACCCAGACUUUUGUUAGGCAUCUCCAGUUAGACCCGAAGGAAGGGUUUAGAGAAGAAAUCCAGUUCAUAGCUCCCAUCCCAGACAGAGUGGGGUGGGAAGUAGAGGAGGCAUCUGGGUACAGCAGAGUUUCUCCAGGGAGGAGUACGCCCAUCCAGCACGCUGACACUGUGUCUCAGAGGCAGCAAACCUCCAAGCAGGUGGCCGCACAGACAUUGGAGUUUAGGGACUCGCUCCUGGUGGAGGGCUCAGCAGGCACAGCCCAGGCCUCAGGUAGAGAAAUUUUCAGGAACAAAGAGAACACAUUCCAAAGGGUUGUUUCUGGGUCUCCCCUGGAUAGUGUGGGGGACACAGGAGCAGAGGCGACAGCAGGCAUCAGCAGAUCCUUUAGGGAGAUUCAGAUCAGCCCUCUAGAGAAGGAACCCUCUGAGCACAUUGUUGCCCAUGGACUCAUGUCUAAAACAUUUGUGCUCGAUGGCUCCGUGGCCUCCCCCGAGCUAGUUGGGUUAGCAGAUGGCAGUAGCGGCACAAGUCAUAUUACACUGGGGCCCAAAGACACUUCAUUUACUUUUCAGAUGGAUGUGAGUCACACAAGGGCCCUUCGAGGCUGGACCCAAGACACAGGGCAGGAAGUGGAAGCUCUCAGUGGGUCUGACAGUGGUGGCUGGAGAACUGCUCCCGGUAGGGAGGAGCAGGCAGCCAGCAUGAGCUCUCAGGCCUCCGAUGGGGAUGGACACCAGACCCGUGGAGAGAAAGGCCCGGAGCAGGCUGGAUUUGACAAGACGGUGCAGCUGCAGAGAAUGGUAGACCAAAGGUCGGUGGCUUCAGAUGAGAAGAAAGUGGCCCUUCUCUAUCUAGACAACGAGGAGGAAGAGGAGGGUGAUGGAUGGUUUUGAUAAAUGGAACUAUCUCAUCUUUCCUGGCACUUUGGAAACCUGUCGGUGUACAAAGCCCUUAACAUGCCAACAUACGAAGCCUUCACUAAGUGUACGGAGGGAGGGGGAAGCUGGUUCUUGAUACCGUUAUUUAGAGAACCCUAGGCAGAAUCAGUUCGAUUUAUAAAGGUUUGAGAUUUUACAUUUGAGUUGGGACUUUCACAGACACUUUUCAUCUUUUUAGUCUGAAGAAAUCCUGUCUCUAAACUUCCUCUCCAUGCACGAAGACAGUUUAUGGGAGUUUUGCACCAGGUCACGGGCGUGGCUUACAUCUGUUCUACUGUUUAUCUAUAGGCAAGACACCUUAAUAGUAAAUAGAUUAAAACAAUAUACUUAAGGGCAGGCUUUAUUUGCAUGUGCUAAUAUCGAACAAUCAAACUAACACUGGAAAGGAAAGUACCUGGAUUUUCCUCUUUCCUAAGUCAUUUCAAAAAGAUUAUAGAAAGGAAGCAAGACUGUAUGUUUGAAAAAAAAACCUUACUAGAUGAUAUCUUUAAGAAAGAGUUAAUUAUCAUAAACUUAAAAUUAUUUUCAGAUUGAAUGAGCUGCUUUUGAAGGGGGAAGGCUUAGAAUUAUUUAUAAAGAGUGCAGCUGUGGUCUGUUGUGCUGCUUCAGGUCUAUGUGUCUGUCCUGAUGGUAGGAUUUCCUGGCCCCGGCCACAGGCAUGAGCAACCGAGAAUGAGAAUUGUUCACAGCAUCCUUUAGGUCUUUACUGUACUACGUGGUGAGGUAGCAGAGUGCCUUUUUGUCCUGACCGAAUCCCUGGAGUAACCUCUGCUAGUGUUUCUCAAACUGUGAGUUGAGACUCCUUUUGGGGGAGGGGCUUGUUGACAGACUCUUUCAAAGGGGUGUCCGACAACCAUCAGAAAACAGAAAUAUGUACAUUAGGAUUCCUAACAGUAGCAAAAUUACUACUGAUUUUAGGAAGUAGCAAUAGAAUACUUCUGUGAUUUCGUCACGCAACAUGAGUUGCUGUAUGAAAGGGUCGCAAGCCUUAGGAAGGUUGAGAACUGCUAUGCUAGAGGCCGCAUUCCCAUCCUCUCCGUGCCAUAAGCCUCAGUACCAGAAUUUCCACUCUCACCGGUAAGAGGCAACUGUAUGGGCAGUGAAGACGCACAGAUGCUUAGACCUUAGACAGCAACUGGACUGGCAAAUUGGCCCUGGCAGAAACAUCAGAAGCACAAAGUAGAUAGUGAUUCUCAAAUCGGCACUCUCUUGGGCUGGAGCGCCUUCUGAGCUCCUAGAAUGAAGGACAAGAAAAGCACCAUCCUUGAACAAACCUCACAAAAGCUUUUUGCACUUUGAGCAGAAAUCCUGAGGGUGGGGGUUAUUUGUGUAGAAUAUAGUAUUCAGGGGAAGGAGCCAGGUGCUUCCCACAUUGAGGAACUCUAGGCAGACUCUGACAGAUGACAAAGCUCCCCCUCCCCCCACCUGUCCUGGUGGACCGGAAGUUGUGCACCAUUGAGGGCGAGUGUGCUCCUUUGGAAUUGUCCUUUUACACAUGGAGAUUGUUUUUGAAGCUCUCAUCUGAAGAUUUGGCAUCACAUAAAAGACAACUUCUACAGAGCAGCAUUCUGUGAGAGCAGAAUAGUAGCUUACAAUCGUCUGGGCCGUGCUUUUGAACCCAGGCUGCAGAGCUGCCUGUAGGGCACUGAGGAAGAAGGAUCCGAGGCGAUGCCAUCUUCAGGUAGGGAGGAGCAUGGUGCAGGAGAGCCUCCCUCACAGCUCUUCCUGUGGCUCCAGCAGGUGGGGGGCGGGGGAGGAGGUUUUUCCUUGCUAAGUGGAUGAGAAUUGCAGCACAGCUUAAGAUGAUCUGCUUUUCAAAUGCCUUGCAUCAGGGUACAAGAAGGUUUGAAUGGGAGGUUUUAAGCCUUUGUUACCCAUCUGCCAAAGAUGAACUCAUGGUUGUCAGCCCAAUACAGAAGUGACCGCCUUGGCUUGUCAUUUCUAAUACUGUCAGGGAUGCGCUGGUUUAUCUUUUUACUGUAAUCAGCAAGCCUGAGUGAUUUAUUAGGAUGUGGUUGAGGUGAACAGCCUUGGUGUAAUGACACAAGACAUUGUAGAGUUUAUUGUAGAGUCCAAGUGGGCUUAGCUGGAUGCCAUUGUCAAGAGUUCAUGAACUUGUCCACGGAUGCUGGUGUGAGCAGGCUAUAGAUAUCAUGGCCACUUCUACUUAGCUUGAAAAAUAAAUGUCCUAGAACUAAAUACUAAUUUUCAUUUCUAAGUUGGAAUGCGCACCAAGGUGCUGUUGUAUUUGAAGCCUUUACCAGGAUGGAGGAGUCCUCAGCUGUCAUCGGUUACUGGGUCCCGGGUCACUGCCAUUGCUACUGUAGCGGGUCACCCCAGAGUUCCCCGAGGUGUUUGAAAUGAGUCACUCUGGGGUCAAAUCAACGCUGUGGUAGGGCGAGUGAGGGUGGGCACACCCAAUCUCUCCCAGUUUAUUUUUGUUGAGACUACAAGACACUGACUGUUUCUCAGCUUCCCACUGGUUGUUUUUGAAAGUGUGUUUCAACUGUUUAUUUAGAAUUAUCUAAGCAGCUUAUUUUACUAACCUCCUGUUCCCUACAAAGGGAAAUGUCACAAGAAUGUGUAGAAAUAAAGAUAUG